AUGACAGGCAGGAAGGUUGUGGCGGUACGAGCGGAACGGGUGAGGUGCAAUUCGCGCGAGCUGUUUCCUCGCGGGGGCAAUCGCGCGGGGCAAGCGAUCAGCCUCCGCAUGCGGCCAUUCAAGCCAAAAUCGGCUGCUCAAUUGCCACAGAGAGACGUUGACGGCGGUCAAAUCCCGGACGGGGACCGGAUAUUGCAGCUGGGUUGCGUGUCGUGGCACAAGCAGAAGCCGCCGAUGAUUCAUUUGCCCGCAGAACGUGUUGCGCGCCAGAAGCCUGUGCGGGCGGGGCGUCUCUGCUGGGUCUGGAGUGCCUGGAAAUGGCGUGCUGUCUCGGUUGCCACAGCAGGGCUAGGUUACCGGCGACAUGAUGGAGGCGGCAGAGGAGCCUGCAGUACGGGACGGACUGAGAUGGACGGCGUCCGAUAUGGCGAAGGCCAGUCUGUUUCGCAGCUGUGGAUGAGCGGCAAGGAGCUACUGGACCCGAGAUAUGUCUUUGAUAGGUGGUCGAACCCUCGUGCAUCGUCAAAUCGGACGGAGGGAGAAGCCUGUGGGCCCUGCAUGAUUUUCCGCGAUGACCAGUAUCGAGCAUUGGCCGCGACCCUGCGCCCGCAAUCGAGAGGCGCUGCCCCUCGUUUGUUGAAGACCGCACGCAUGCAGACCAACUUGCCGUCGGCGCUCUAUCCACCGCGUCUCACGACGCCACCGCGCACUGUAUACCAAUGCCAGCCUUACGGCAUCCUCCCUCCCUUCUCGGUCGGAUCGCCUGCUCUGGGUCACACGUCCUACCAGGGCCGCCAGCCCUCCGCCAGCACCAGCGCCACCGGACCAUCCUACCCUCCGUCAGGCUAUGCCUAUGCCUUCACAUCCUCUGCGCCAGCUCCUGGCUUUCCAGGCCAUUCCGCAUGGCACUAUGCGCCAUCCGAUAAAAGUCGACCGCCCUCGGCCAGAUUUCCUCCACAACUCUCGUCCCGCAACAUGGCCAUUCCCUACUCUCAGUCCGGAGCCUCAGCGACGUCGCCAGUAGCAUCUAGCAGCCAUGAUAUUCAAGAAAUGGACGUGCCGCGUGAGAUCCCUUGCAGCGAAUCCCCCCCGCCGCCCCAGGACGUGCCUCAGGCUGCGGGGGGCAGUGCGGACAAGAAGAAGCAUCCCUGCUGGAUGUGCCAUAAACGCUUUGAUCGACCGUCCACCCUGAGAAAGCACCUGCUCGUUCAUACUGGCGAGAAAGCAUUCGCGUGCGAUACAUGCGGCCGGAGGUUCAGCGUGCAAUCUAAUCUUAAUCGACACGCAAAAAAGUGCCCGUCUCGUCCCGUCAAUGCGGCGUCGGCUGCCGCUCCUGCCUCCACCGCUAUCGCGUCCACGUCUGCAGCCGCCUCUGCAGGAGCCUCCCCCGUGUAUGCAGGCGUGGCGUCCGCAGCCUCUGCGCAGUCUGCGGCCGCACCUGCGGGGGCAGGCCCCUCAGGUGCUCCAAUAAUCCAAGAGGCCGGCGUCCCACAACUAGCCACCGCUCGCGGCCGCAAGCGCAAGGAGGUGCCCACUUCCGACGACGCCGCGGACCAGAUGUCGCAGACCAUCAUCGGCACCACUCCCGGCACCGCGAGCAAGGGCAAGCGCGUGCGCCGGGCACCGUCACCGUCGCACUGGAUCCCGGAGUCGCUCAAAAUGUUUGACCUGGCACCGACCACGAAGAGCACGCCCGUGCCCCUUUCGCCCGUUCGCCCGUUCAGCGAUCCGAAUGGGCGCGUCUGGGAGGAAAGGGACUCGUAUGACGAGAACGUUGCUCCGGCUCCGUACCACCCAUCUGGAUGGAAAGGAGUGCUCCCCGGCCCGGGUCUCAUGGGCAAAGACGUCGCGAAUACGAGCGGAGGGCGGCUGUUGAUUUUCGGACGCUGA